AUGAUGGACCAAGAAAUAGCACUGCGGGAACUACAAGAUGAGCGAACGUUCAAAAAAGUAAUGAAAAAACUUUUCCGACAAUUGGACACCAAUGGUAACGGAAGUCUUGGAGUAACGGAAGUUAUGACAGCUGCGCGCAUGCUUAAAAUGAAGCCAUCAAGGGAGGAAGCUAUGGCUAUGAUAAAGAAAGUUGACAAAAAUAGGGAUGGAUGUAUAAGUUACCGGGAGUUUGAAACCAUGAUGGAGGAGUACGUUUCGCUGCUAGACUUCCAAGACCGGGAACUGAGACAGGCCUUUUGUACCUUUGAUCGAGAUGGGAAUGGUUACCUGGAUAAAGGUGAACUAAAACAGGUCCUCAAGGGUAUGGGAGAGAAAAUGUCUGACCAAGAGGCGGAAGAAGUUUUCAGAUUGGUUGACGUCAACAGAGACGGGAAAAUAUCCAUAGAUGAAUUCGUGAGAGCACUUUCAGCCGAACCACACACGUGA